CUCUAAUUUAUCCUCCAAAAAUCAUCUCCCUUUUUAUUUUUAUUUCCCUCUUCAAAUUUUUGAUCCACUCAGAACAAAAAACGAGAGGUCGCAUUUCAUCCAAAACCACCAAUCAAAACCUUCCACCCACUCUCUACUUCUCACACUUCCUAUCCUCUCUCUCCACUCUCACUUUCUCUCUCCUCCCUCUAUCUCUGUACAGCCGGCAACAAUGGCGGCGUUGCAAAAUCCAGUAGCCUUACAAUCCAGAACAACAACCGCCGUUGCAGCAUUAUCAACUUCAUCCACCACCAGUACUCCGAAGCCAUUUUCCCUCUCCUUUUCCUCUUCCACCGCCACCUUCAAUCCCCUCAGGCUUAAAAUUUUAACCGCCUCUAAGCUCACCGCCAAACCUCGCGGCGGAGCUCUUGGUACCCGCAUGGUGGACUCCACCGCUAGCAGGUACGCCUCCGCGCUCGCUGAUGUCGCCGACGUCACCGGUACUCUUGAAGCUACCAACUCUGAUGUGGAAAAACUGAUCAGGAUUUUCUCCGAAGAACCGGUGUAUUACUUCUUUGCUAACCCAGUGAUCAGCAUUGACAACAAGCGUAGCGUCUUGGAUGAGAUCAUCACCACCUCAGGACUCCAGCCUCAUACCGCAAACUUCAUUAACAUCUUGAUAGAUUCAGAGCGAAUCAAUCUAGUUAAGGAAAUAUUGAAUGAGUUUGAGGAUGUGUUUAAUAAGAUUACCGGCACUGAAGUGGCAGUGGUGACUUCGGUGGUAAAGCUGGAGAAUGAUCACUUGGCUCAGAUUGCUAAGGGUGUCCAGAAGAUUACGGGGGCAAAGAAUGUGAGGAUUAAGACAGUGAUCGACCCCUCACUGGUUGCUGGCUUCACUAUCAGGUAUGGUAAUGAAGGUUCCAAGUUGGUUGAUAUGAGUGUGAAGAAACAGCUUGAGGAGAUUGCUGCUCAACUUGAAAUGGAUGAUGUUACACUUGCUGUAUAAAUUUAGUAAUUAUAUGAUCAUCUAGUAAAUUUGGCUCGUAAAAAUGUUCUGAAUUUAAGUAUGGAAUUCUGCAUUUUUGAAACUAUAUGAACUUAUAUUUGUAUAAUCAAAUUUAUGACAAGCAAAUUGUGCCUUUGUCCAUUA